AAGAGGUGCGUCGCCAUCUUGUUUGUUUAGCGGGUCGCUCAGAGUGGGAGGAGGGCGGCGGAAUCUGAACAUCGCUACCGCCAAAAGACACGGCUGCAUUACUAGUCUGAUAGGUCACAGGUCCUCGCAGUCACUGAGCAGUUACUGGGACAAUGUUCUACGCUCACUUUGUCCUAAGCAAACGUGGUCCGUUGGCCAAAAUCUGGCUAGCGGCCCACUGGGAUAAGAAGCUGACCAAGGCGCAUGUGUUUGAGUGCAACCUGGAAAGCAGCGUGGAGAGCAUCAUCUCUCCUAAGGUUAAGAUGGCUCUGCGUACUUCUGGUCAUUUGCUGCUCGGUGUGGUAAGAAUUUAUCACAGGAAAGCAAAAUACCUUCUGGCUGACUGCAAUGAAGCUUUUAUUAAGAUCAAGAUGGCAUUCCGUCCAGGCGUGGUAGAUUUGCCAGAAGAAAAUCGAGAAGCAGCUUACAAUGCCAUUACCUUGCCAGAAGAAUUUCAUGAUUUUGAUCAACCUCUUCCUGAUCUUGAUGAUAUUGAUGUUGCACAGCAGUUCACACUGAACCAGAGUCGAGUUGAAGAGAUUACCAUGAGGGAAGAGGUUGGAAAUAUUAAUAUUCUGCAGGAGAAUGACUUUGCUGACUUUGGGAUGGAUGACAGAGAGAUGAUGCGUGAGGAAAGUGCGUUUGAGGUGGACAUCAUCCAUGGAGCUUCUGCCUCUAACCUGUUGCUGGAGUCAGAGCCUGGUACAGGCCAGAUGGCAGAGAAGUCCAACCACCUGGAGUAUGACGACCAGUACAAAGACGAUUUUGGGGACAACCCCAUGGAAAGCAGUGAGGGUGGCAUGCUGGUGGACAAGCUUCUCAGCAAUGAGGAUGGAGGAGGUAUUUUUGAUGACCCACCGGCCAUUACGGAAAGUGUUAUGAUGCCACAGGACCGUGGUGGUGGUGAUGAUGAUGAUGACUUUGAUAAUUUGUCACCUGGUGGACCUGACAGCCCUGAUUCUGGUCCGGUGGAGCCCAUGCCCACUAUGACAGACCAAACUGAACAGACUACACUUGUUCACAAUGAGGAGGAAGCCUUUGCUCUUGAACCCAUUGACAUAACAGUAAAAGAAACGAAGGCCAAGAGGAAGAGGAAGCUCAUUGUAGAUAGUGUGAAGGAGCUAGACAGCAAGACAAUCCGUGCGCAGCUUAGUGAUUACUCUGACAUUGUUACAACUCUGGACUUGGCCCCACCCACCAAAAAACUAAUGAUGUGGAAGGAAACAGGAGGUGUGGAGAAGCUCUUUUCCUUGCCUGCUCAACCCCUGUGGAAUAACAGGCUCCUUAAGAUGUUCACACGGUGCUUGACCCCACUGGUACCCGAUGAGCUGCGAAAGAGGAGGAAGGGAGGUGAGGCGGACAGCCUGGAUGACUUCUUAAAGGACCUUGAGAACCCAGAGGUGCCCCGAGAGGAGGCCCUGAACCAGCAGAGAGACAUCAUUGACCAGACCAUUAUGGAGGAACCCAGUGUGCUGCAGGCUUCUGCCGUGGAAGGCAGCCGGACCACCCUGGACGAGUCAGUCAUGCCCCCGCCUUCUACACAGCGCGGGGUUAAGCGCAAGUCUCAGGACACUGAACCAGCCUUGCCUAUGGGAGCACUGGAGCAGCAAGCAGAGCGAUCUGUGUCCCAGCAGCUGGAAAUGCCCCAAGUGGAACUACCUCCGGAGGAGACGGCAAAUCUCACGCAGCUCAUCCCUGAACUGGACCUGCUGGGAGAGAAGGGCAAAGAGAAGGAGAAGGAUGAUGAUGAAGAGGAGGAGGAGGAAGAGGGUCAAGGAGGAGAUCAGGACCAGGAGGAAAGAAGAUGGAACAAGAGAACACAGCAGAUGCUCCAUGGCCUACAGAGGGUGAUGGCUAAAACAGGAGCGGAGUCCAUCAGUCUGUUGGAUCUGUGCAGGAACAACAAUAAGAAGCAAGCAGCUGCCAAGUUCUAUAGCUUCCUGGUGCUGAAGAAGCAGCAGGCAAUUGAACUCUCACAGGCUGAGCCAUACAGUGACAUCAUUGCCACCCCUGGGCCAAGAUUUCAAGUUAUAUAGCUGAACUUUAUAUAAUUUACAAUAGCAGGUUUUAUUGUCAAAUUAUGUUUGUAUAUGACGUUUUUGUGCACAGUUCAUUGGGAAUUAUCUGAGUUUUUUAAAUACAUCACGGUUCAAAAAGUUUGCAUUUUCACAACAUAGUUUUUAAGUCUUUAACAUCAAAAUCAUGGAAAACUGCAACCAAGUUUAAGAUUGGUCCAUUUUUGUUUUAAAGGCCAAGAGUAGUUUAGUAACUUCCAGCAUUCCGUUGUCAGUCUUUAGUUCUUUUUGCUUGCAAGUGCUUUUUUUUUUUUCUUUUUAUUUAUACACAAGUUAAAAUGAGGUUGUGUGCCAGCCUCACUUUUUUGCGAAGUCCCUUAUAUUUUAAUGAAAAAACAGAAUGUAGUAAUUUCAUACUGCAUGCUCCAUAUUAAUGUCUUUUUCUUAAAGUCUGAAGGAAGAUUUUAGGGUAAAUUCUUUUCCUUGUUUUUAAAAGGUCAUUUCCUGAAGUGUUGGUGUUUUAUGUCCAUUCACUUAUCUGUCACUGAUUUGAAACUGGCUGAAAUAUUUUGCGUAGUAUACAUCUGAAGCCUUUUUCAACAAAUUAACCUAUUAAUGUGAAUGCCUGCUCCUUCUGCCAAUGGAGUUUUACUCUAUCUUUUGGUUUUCCUCUUUAUAGACUGGAGUGGUGGGGGUUUAAUACUCAACUCUUAACUGAUCACUGAGAUUUGUGCAUUAGAGAUGUCAGUUUGAAAGAUGAAACAAAUUUUGAUCAGUUCUUGGUCCUUAAGUAAUUCAAAAAGGGUGGCUGAGAAUUGCCAUUGCUGUAUUAUAAGUUAUCCAGUUGAACUAAAAUCAUAAUUUUCAUACAUCCUU